UGAUAUGUCUUCUGCAUAACAAAACUUCGUUCUCCGAUUUUAAUGAAUGAAACUUUUAUUCGGUAUAAAAAAUGUUGUCGUUAGGUUUUUAAGAAAUUCUAUUGUGAGUGUUGUGUAGAUUAAAACAUUGUGUAAACAAAUUGCGUAUUGAACAAACUAUUAAAAGCAUAGUGCGAGAGAGACAGAAAGUUAGAACAUAGCCAAAUUAAUUCUUAGGCAUUUAACUAAUUAGUUAUAGCGAAGUAAAUAAGUGCGAACGGGAUAGUUGUGGCACGCAUCCAAGAUGAAUUUGAUGUUUCGGAAGAACUUCAGUACAGAGAAGACGGUUUCGAGCGGAGGGGGUGGGGGGAAGGCCAAGGGAGCGUUGGGUGCAGGCAGGAACGCGAAACGCAGGGAUCGCGACCGGUUCUCAUGCAUGGAGGAGCAUCAUUAUAGAACCCACCUUUUCUUCUCCGCACCAAGGGCCAGUACACAAUACAACGAAGGCUCAGGUAACUCUGGAAGUAAGGAUCGUAGUUCCAAUAAACGAUGUGGUCCAGUAUUGGGUGGGGGAUCAGGUCCGGAGUUGGAGCCCCCGCAGCCCCUGGUUACCCGAGAGCCAUCAGUCUCCUUGCUACGAUGGGACAGACCGACCACUACGGAGCGCCGGCGGACGGAACCUGUGUCGCUGGCGACACUGGAACGGGAUUGCUUCGUAAUUCCAGCUCAUGCCUUGAAGCGGUUCCUACCUGAUGGUGUUCCGUUGCCAGUGCCUCCACCAACACCAGAAAAGGGGAUGCCGACAAAAACUGCUCCAAGUUCACUAAGCGUUUUAGAAGUAGCAGACCCAAAGCUUUGCAUCUUAGCUCACCUAAUGAGCCCGCUAGAGCCCAUAGAACCUAUAUUAGAAUCUCCUCUCGCCAAACCCUUAGUUAAGCAGAAAAUGGCCGCUGGGGAGCUAUUAAAUGACGUAGCACAAGCAAAUACCGCCGUAGGUGGUAUGCUCUUAGCCAAUAUGGAGAAAAACUCUGAAUUCCCAUUCAUAUCUUACUAUGUGAUAAAUACGACACAAACGGAUCCAUUGUUAUUCUAUAAUAAUAUGAGGUCUGCUUCGUUGACUAAGUUUGAUCCUAAGACUAUUCGAUAUUCUGCAGCUCAUACAUUAGAUUUAUACAGUGAAGUGGCUAUGAUCUGUCGACCACCUUUCAAUGACCUGGCUGGUGGACCAAAGAAGUCACACACGCCUACAACAGGAUUUAUCAUAAGUGUGUAUAAGGUUUUCGAAGGCGACGAUGGUGAGCGAUUUGAAAGAAACUGGCUUUACUGGACCGGAGCAAGAAUGAUAUAUCGCCAUCUACCGCACUCCGUCGGCAUGCGGAAGAUUGCCCUUCAUAAAUCAGUAGCCAGCCAUGGGGAUAAAAUGUACCUGUUAGUUUGUGAAUGUGCAAAUUUGUUGGAUGACCUAUCCGGCGCCGCAAUGUUAAUUACAGCCUUGCGAGCUAGGCUGUGUGGUUACACUGGGCUUUAUCGACCCAUACAGACUUUUUAGUAGCAGCCUAGGCCGUAAGGGCCGCGUUUUUAUAGCAGAUAUCUUUAUUGAAAUAACGGAUUUGGUUGUGUUUGUUAUCUACGCAAUUGCGGUAACAAAAAUUUAAAACUUACACACAAGUAUUGUUUGACAAAUAUAUUUUCGAGAGAAAUAAUCGUAGUGUUAAGGAAAUGUGCUUACGGAUCUCGUACAAUCGUUUAAGGAAACGGAACAUUAAUUGUUGGCCCAAAUAAAGUAUUAACCAUGGAUGUUAAGCUUCAUGUAAACUGCCAACAAUGAUUACCUAAAUACUAUAUUAUUUGUAAUUGCUGUAAAAAGGACCAAAGUACUACGUAAUGCGUGAUAUCUUAAAAGGCGAUAAAUAUUCAAAACAGACUCCAGUGUUGGUCGCAGUUGGUGCCAAUGUCAUUUACUUAGUUUUAGCUUAUUCUUAAAUUUUACGAAAAGUAAUUAAAGUAUUAAAUUUGAAACCUCAAAUUAAAAAAUUCACGCACUCGCACGACGUAAUUCUUAUCGUAAUAAAAACGUUGAAUUAUUAGUACUUUUAACAAUAUUUUUAGACAAUACUGUAGAUAUUUAAUUACGUAGUUUAAAGUUAUAUCUGCUUUAGCACUGCCUAAAUAUUUAAGAAUUUUAGCUUUGGUAAUACAAUGGUGAGUUGGUAUUAUACAACGAACAUGAUUUUCGAAUAAAAAAUAAUUCAUUUUCUCAUUUUUAAGUAUCUUAUUCAAUAAAAAUAUGUUUUAAAGGAAAUGCAUCAAAAUCACCACAUAUCUGGCAAUACAUAUCAGAAAUGAAGACAAUCAGUGAUUUUAAAAUCCCAAAAUGCUUUUGGAUAUUCAUUUAUACUUCUUUUUUUAGUUUUUAAAUAUAAAAAUGAGAAAAUGGUUUUAUUUUAAAUUGUCUCUAUUUUUAAAAUAUAAUUUUUAUAUAUUGAAAUGAAAAAGCACCGUGAAUGUUAAGUAUCUUUAUAAUUUCUGAAGUAUCUGAAGAACAUAUAUUUUGCUAUGGUGCUAAAUUAGUCAAUUUAAGUAGGGAUAGUUACUUAAAAAAUUAAAUAAGGUAUGUUACAUGGUCAUGAUAAAGCUCUUACGGUCAACAAAUAUCGCUCUGAGAAUUUUGCAUGAUAAACUAAUAAAGAUAAAAUCAUUUGAAGACCAUAAAGGAAAUAAUGAAACACUCUGUCUUGUUGCACAAUUAAAUAAAAUAUGAAUCAUUCCAUAUUACUAUAAAAUUGACUACAUAUUUUCAACAGUAUUUAGUCUUAACAAUAUUUAUAAAAAUACUCACAGAAGCCUUUAUUACACUUUUGAUCUUGUUAUAAAUAAUAGAGCUUUUAUGAUAUUUGCAAGUAGAUAUUUAUGGUUCACUUAGCUUUUAAAGCUAUUUUCAGGCCAAGUCUAAAAAUAAGUAUUUCAGUUAUUUUUAUAAUAAAGUCUACA